AUGACUGAUUCACUCAUACUAGUUGCUAUUCAACUAAUAUGUAUUAUUGUUCCUUUUAUCAUUAUCAUUGGAAUCAUAGGUAAUUCAAUUAAUAUUAUCGUACUUACGCGAUCAGCUUUGUACAAUCAUUCGUGUUCACGUUAUUUUCUUGCACUUGCUGAUUUAACUAAAAUUUCAAUUCUAUCAUGUAAAUUUAUUCAAUAUAUAACUGGUGUAUGUGUAGUUAUAUCACCUUAUUUUAUUGUUUUGGCAUCUAUUGAUCGAUAUUGUGCAAGUUCAAAAAAUAUUCAACGACGAAAAUUUAGUAAUUGACUUUAUUAUAUUAAUUAUUUUGUAUUAAUUGAUCUUCGAAAAGAUGAUUCGUUUGGAUGUGCUAUACGAGGUGAUACAAUUUAUAAACAAAUUUAUCCAAUAACACAAGUUAUGGUUUUUGCUAUUAUUCCACCAUGUCUUAUGGGAUUUUUUGGUGGAAUGACUAUAUAUAAUAUGAAACAUAUACGUUUUCUUCCGAGAGUAGCUGUACGUUAUCGUCGAACUGAAAAUCAACUUGGUCGAAUGCUUCUUCUUCAAGUUGGUACUUAUAUUGUACUAACACUUCCUUUAUCUAUUGCAUAUUUAAUAUUAGUUUUACCAAAUUCAUUUAAAACUACAACAAAAUUUCAAUUUAUGUAUUUAAUAUGUCAACUUUUUUUUUAUUUAUCAUGUGUUACAGCAUUUAUUUUAUAUUUUUUUUCAGCUGAUAUAUAUCGACAUGAAUGUAUUCGAUUGAUAUGUCGAAUGGGUCAAAUUUAUCGUGAAACUCGUCUACAUUUAUCAAGAACUCCGAAUAGUAUUCUACCAAUGAAUACUACUUCGAAUAAUACACGAGCAGCUAUAGCAGUUAAUUCGAAAAGAUAUUAA